GGGGAGGGGUUUAAGCCCCGAGGCGUCUCCAGGAGAAGAGGGGGAGGAGGAGAUGGGAGAGAGUGACAGUGACAAAGUGAAAAAAUUGUUGGGAGUCGGAGUAAGGAUAGCAGGACAGCGCCCAUGCUGAAAUAGGUUAGGCCUACCUUUUUACUACCUUUUUAUUCUCACAUCGAAACAUCGGACUCUCGUGCUCCGGUCGGAAUAGCGGCGAUUGAAACGUCGGGUCCUAUGGACAUGUACGUAACAACAGCAAUUUGACGUGUCCUAGGAUCUGUGGAAGCCUCCCCACCGUGCUACAUCGUCCCCAGCAUGCAGUAGGGGCGGUCCACCUUAACUCCACAGUUCACGGCAUCGCCAUCUAAAGAACCAGGAUGUUUACAGGUUCUACCAAGAACCCAACCCCUAAAAUACCUCAGCCUGAGCGGCUGGACGAGGUGUACUCUGCACUGAGGAGAGGCCUACAGUCAUUCCUGCAGGUCCACCAGCUGGAGCUGGACAGCCUGGGGCAGCAGAUCAGAGAGAGCAAGAGAAAUGGCCGUCUGGGGUCUCUGUAUGAGUUGGAUAAGCAAGUGAAGGCCAUAGAGAGAUUUAUGCGUCGCUUAGAGUUCCACCUCAGCAAGGUAGAGGAGCUGUACGAUGCUUACUGUAUGCAGCGGCGGCUGCGGGAUGGGGCCAGCAAGAUGGUGGCAGCCUUUAACUCUGCCACAGGGAGCAAGGAGGCACGGGAGAGCCUGAAUGAGGCCAACAGGGGCUACAGGGAGUACACUGAGCACAUGUGUUCCCUGGAGAGUGAACUGGAGAACCAGAUGGGAGAGUUUCAUAUCAAGAUGAAAGGUCUGGUUGGCUAUGCACGGUUGUGUGCAGGAGACCAAUAUGAGGUCCUGAUGCGUUACGGGCGUCAGCGCUGGCGGAUGAAAGGUCGUGUGGAGGUCAGCAGUAAACAAGUGUGGGACAGUGAGGACAAUGUCUUCCUGCCUCUCAUCACAGAGCUCCUGUCAAUCAAGGUGACUGAGCUGAAGAGCUUGGCCAAUCACGUGGUGGUUGGCAGUGUGUCUUGUGAGACACUCGACCUGUUCUGUCCGCUGCCUCAGACGGUUGCCGUGGAUAUCAACGACUUGGGGACAGUAAAACUGAACCUAGAGGUCAACUGGAGUCCGUUUGAUAAAGAUGACCAGACCUCGUCCUCCAGUACGGUUUCCAAGCGCUUUUUGUCCAAUCAGAGCCCUCCAGACACACCUUCCAUGCGCGAGCAGGUGUUUUAUUCUCUAUUGAGGAGACCAGGGGAGCUGGAGAAUGGUACAGUCUGGUCAAACUCCUCUGAAUCAUCAGACGACUCUUCCAGCCCAGCCAUGGGACACACACACAGGAUGAUGGCCACUCACAGCCUGCAGACCACACCCACUAUCCAGAUCUCCUUCAAUCCCCGCCAAUCAAGCGUCUCUACCCCAUCCCUCUCUUCCAAUCAUGAGGAAGGGGAGCCAGGCACCACCAAGGGAUUUGGCGAAACAGACUCUGUGAAGUGUACACUGCUGAAUGGCCAUUUGAAGUGUUCUCGAUCUCUCAGCCAUAUCAGUGAGAGAGCCAUAGACUGUGCUUCGACUAACAGGUUGUCUGACCAAUCAGUUGAAUCCUCUGAAAUGCCAGAACCCCUACCCCGCUUAGACCUUGAAGGCUCCUAUGUGGCUUCUCACUGCUCUAACCAGGACAUGCAUGAAGCCUUGGUCUUGCCUGAAUCUGGGGGCCCAGAGUCAUGCGUUUCAACCCCAGUGGAUCAGGGUGAUGCUCAUCCGGCCUCAACACUGCAGGCUGAGAAGCCUGGGGCUGGAGUAGAGCCUCUUCCCACAGACCGUGUACUGGGAGAGGGACUGAGGGAGGAAAAGUCCUCCACGGAACACAAUCACAGACUCCAAUCUACCCAGCCACAAGAGCUAACACUACCAGAAGAGACAGUGACUGGUCGAUCUCACAGUCGGUCCUCCAGCUUCACUCAGGAAGUUGAGACUGCCCUGGAGAGCUUUGAUUUUCUCAACUGCUCUGACCUUGAUGAUGAUGAAGAAGAGGAGAAAGAAGAAGAUGAUCAGGAGAGUGAUGAGAAGGAAGACAAGACAAGGGACCCUGCUGAUAGGUCAGCAUUCUCUUCUCUUAUGUAUCAGGCUCUAACUGAACUCAUCCUGCCAUCUAGUGUUUGGAAAGCGGAAUGUAGUGAUGAGUGUGAGGACGAUGUUAUAGAAAUCAUUGUCGAGGCCCCUGAAGGCUUCCGGAAUGAGGACUGUCCUCCUCUAGAUGCAGACUGCAGCUCUGAGGAGGAGAGUAGCGAGCAGCUGCAGGCCUCCAGUGAGACAAGGGACGAGCAGGAGGAAGAAAAGGAGAAAGUGGAAGACAAGAAGGAGGAGGAGCAGGUUACAGAGGAGGACAUCCCUGCCAGGCAGGAGCAUGGUGAUGAGGCAUCCUGUGAUGAGGAACCCCGCUCCACCCCCAGCAUAAUGGCCACCACUGUCCUUUAACAUAAUGGAGAUGCCACUUCCUCAGACCAUUAUCGGAUGCCAUCCUAAUCCCACCACUUUCCUAAGAGAUCCUUACCAUUUCACCACUAACAGAUCAAAGAGCUCCGCUCCCCUUCUAGAUCAGACAAGCGAUUUCUGCCAUGUGGGUGGAGAUUGUGCAAAUGAACAGAAAUGUAUUUGCUUCCCUCUCUCCACUCGUGAUUGAAAACAAUGACUAUUGUUGUCCACUCAUCCAAAGGCCACAUGUAUGCACACAGUCACCUUACAGUGAAGGUAGACAUCUUUAGUCUAAUGGAGCCUCUUCAAUCAGAAAGUGCCUCAAGUUACAGAAAGGGGGAUUGUCAGUUAACAAAUACAUGAAGAAAAUGUGCUUUUAUUACGAACCAGAGAAGAAUAUGAAUGAGUAUACAGAGUUUUGAUACAUUGUUUAUUUUUAGGAUGACUUACAGAUUGUGCACAAUAAAAUAUACAAUUAUUUACUGUUUCAUAUAAAUAAAUAAUGUUGAGCAGA